UCAUAGUCCCUCCCAAUGGCAUCUGCAUGUUCAUCGUCAAGGGUAUCACGUGAGCAGGCGUACCCAAACGCGAUUCCAUUUCCUCGCGUGGCGUCGCCAUCUUCCCUCCUUAUCUGCAUCAAACAUUUUUGCACCUGCAUCUCUGUUGCAUCCAGUUUGCCGUCUCAAUUUCAACAGAGUUCCUAAGAUACCAAAACUCCAGUCCAGUCGCCAACACCAAAAAAAUGCCCCUCGGCAUCCAGCGGCUCAACGCGAAACGGUCGCAGCCCAACGACCGCAUCGUCUUCAUCAAGUCCUUGAAGGGCCCGGAUGAAAACAUCGCGCAGGACUUCUUAGAGAGGAUUGCAGCGCAGUGCUUGCCCAUCAUGCGAGAGCACCACCUCUCGGUCAUGUCGCUGGAGGAGUACGAGCCCAACCCGGAGUUUGUUGGUCGCAACUUCAAUGCCGGCGAAGUCAUUCAGCUCGUGCUCAAGGCCCGCUCCGGGCAUUGGCUGCCCUUUCACUAUGUGCAGAUGGUUAUGAUGCACGAGCUGGCCCAUUGCAAGCAGAUGAACCAUUCGCGUGCCUUCUGGGCUGUGAGGAACAGAUAUGCGGAGCAAAUGAGGGACCUAUGGUCACGCGGCUUCACCGGUGAAGGCCUCUGGGGCCGCGGAGCGUUGCUGUCUACCGGAGAGUUCGAGAAGAACACUGUUGCGCCCGGCGAACCGCUUCCGGAGCAUCUCUGCGGCGGGACAUAUCGCUCCAGAGAAAGAAAACGGAAGCCCAAAAGGACGUUGACAUACAAAGAACAAAAGGAGCGCCGGAUUCUGAAGAAGUUUGGCGCGAAUGGUGUCAGCCUCGGCGGGGAUGCCGAGAUUAAGCAGAAGUUAGAGAAGGGCAAGACAGUAAAGUCUAAACCGCGUGUGGCGGGGAGCGCGAGAGGGCGAGAACUCCGGGCCGCCGCUGCAUUGGCCCGGUUCGAGCAGCAGAAAAAGGAGGAGGUCAAGGAGGAGGAGGUUGGCGAAGGCUCCGAGACCGAGAGCGGCGACGACUACGAAGACGACCUGACAUCAGGUCCUGACGCUUUUGACAUUGAUGGCAAGAAGCUCCUCGAUAUCCAAGGCCGGGGAAUGGUCAAGGUCUGCGAAGAUGAGAACCCGGAUGACCAGGACGCCCAGGACGAGCUGCGCGAGUUGCAGAGUUACGGGAUAAGGAAGCCGGCACCUCCACCACCAAAACUGGCCUCGGAUGCAAGCCGAGGUAGAUUGGCACCGAUGACGACCCCAAAAAAGCCAGAGACGAACGCCGACAAGAGGCCGACCAAGUCGGAGCCGGACGCAUCAAUAUCGACAAACGCGCCGUCGGUCCAGAGUUUGAGCAUUUGCCCAGCAUGCACAUUCGCCAACGAGCCUGGUUCAACCACUUGCGCCAUGUGCGCCAACACUCUCGAAUCGGACGGCAUGUUGGAUUCAUGGGCAUGCCAGAGCAUGACCUGCAAGGGAACACAGUACCGAAAUGCCGGUGACUGCGGCGUUUGCGGUGUGUGUGGCGAGCGGAAGCAACCAUCUGCGCAGUUGUGAGCUGUCAAACACCGUUUAUUGACGGCUGGUCUCUGGAAGUUUACCAACGGCUCUACACAUCAAGAGCAGUGUAUAAGCUACCACUUCGUUGCUAUGUGCAGGACUUCCGAUGGAUCAUCAGGCUGAUGAUUCGUUUGAAACAACCGGGAGCUUGGAAAACAGCCUGUAGAACAAGAGAAGUGCAGUCCUGGCUGUCUUGACAUCCAAGGUGUCGAUCAUACUCCGUACUACGAUCAGCAGUCAGCUCCGUUCAUAUGACCAGUGUUCGAUGGGGAUGUGAGAGCGAGUGGCCUUGGACCCCUGAGGUUAAUGUCUCACUCAUCCGGGUGACAUCGGAGCUCUCGAUGCCCCCUACAACGCUCCACCAACCAUCUCUAACCGUCUUCAAGUAUGUAGGUGGUGACCUCCCAACCCGGCAGUUCUUGCGCCGCCCAGGACCUUCUGCGUUUCUCUUAGACGCGAAUCCGCC